UCAGCCAUUGUUGGGCAAUCGGAACGGGUUCAACCGAAACUCUCCAGCCAGUGGGAAAAGUGGGGAAGAUUGUUCUUUUUAACAACCGUGCUGACUUUACGAGGUAUUUUCCCCCGACUGGAAGCAGCUCAGUUUCGGCGGUGAAGCUGUGAGGCAGCCCGCGUGAGAGGCAGAAUGACGAGCAUCAACACAGCCAACAUCAACUUUAAAUGGGACCCAAAGAGUCUCGAGAUUCGGACUCUGGCAGUGGAGAGAUUACUGGAGCCCCUUGUCACGCAGGUAACAACUUUGGUAAAUUCCAGCAACAAAGGACCGUCUAACAAGAAGAAGGGACGAUCUAAGAAGGCUCAUGUUUUGGCUGCUUCUGUGGAGAACGCCACCCAGAACUUCCUUGAAAAAGGAGAGAAGAUUGCAAAGGAAAGUCAGUUCCUUAAGGAUGAGCUCACUGCUGCAGUGGAGGACGUCCGUAAGCAAGGCGAGUCGAUGCGGGUGGCUUCUGGAGAAUUUGCAGAUGACCCCUGUUCUUCUGUAAGAAGGGGCAAUAUGGUUCGUGCUGCCAGGGCCCUUCUUUCGGCCGUCACACAUCUGCUGGUUCUGGCGGACAUGUCCGACGUCUACAAACUCCUGCUGCAGCUUAAACUGGUGGAGGAUAAUCUGGUCAAAGUGCGCAACGCAGGAACCGAGCAGGAGUUAGGAAUCCAGUAUAAGGCCUUGAAACCAGAGGUGGACAAACUGAACAUGAUGGCUGCCAAGAGACAGCAGGAGCUAAAGGACGUUCACCACAAGGACCAAAUGGCUGCUGCUCGUGGAGUGCUCCAAAGAAACGUCCCCCUGCUGUACAAAGCGUCCUGCGCCUGCCUGCAGCACCCUGACGUGGCAGCCUACAAGGCUAACCGUGACCUGAUCUACAAACAACUCCAGCACGCCGUUUCAGGAAUCUCCAACGCUGCCCAGGCCACAUCCACUGAAGACUCAGCACUGAUCCAGCCAGGAGGGGCUGGAGAGCUGGCUUAUGCCCUCAACAACUUUGAUAAGCAAAUCAUUGUGGACCCCUUGGCGUUCAGCGAGGAGCGCUUUCGUCCUUCUCUUGAGGAGCGCCUUGAAAGCAUCAUCAGUGGUGCAGCACUCAUGGCGGACUCUUCAUGCACACGUGAUGACCGUAGGGAGCGCAUUGUGGCUGAAUGCAACUCUGUGCGCCAGGCUCUGCAGGACCUCCUGUCUGAGUAUAUGGGCAACGUGGCCAACCUGGCAUGCUCUAUUUCCAACAAUGAAGAGGGAGUAAAACUGGUCCGCAUGGCAGCAUCGCAACUGGAAACUCUGUGCCCCCAGGUGAUUAAUGCAGCACUGGCCCUCGCUGCCAAACCCAACAGUAAGGUGGCCCAGGACAACAUGGAUGCAUUUAAAGACCAGUGGGAGAAGCAGGUUCGUGUCCUCACCGAUGCUGUUGAUGACAUCACUUCGAUCGAUGACUUCCUUUCAGUGUCUGAGAACCACAUCUUGGAAGAUGUGAACAAGUGCGUCAUCGCUCUGCAAGAGAAAGAUGUCGAUGGUUUGGAUCGCACUGCUGGAGCCAUUCGAGGCCGCGCUGCCAGAGUUGUCCACGUAGUCACGUCUGAAAUGGACAACUAUGAGCCCGGUGUCUACACGGAGAAGGUUCUGGAGGCCACAAAACUCCUCACUGACACAGUGAUGCCACGGUUCACAGAACAAAUCGAGUCUGCAGUGGAGGCCUUGGGUGCAAACUCCUCUCAGCCCGUGGAUGAGAACGAGUUCAUCGAUGCAUCUCGCCUCGUGUAUGAUGGCAUCCGUGACAUACGCAAGGCUGUCCUUAUGAUCAGAACUCCAGAAGAACUGGAUGACUCCGACUUUGAGACUGAAGACUUUGAUAAACAGAGCAAGACCAGCGUGCAAACUGAGGACGACCAGCUGAUCGCUGGACAAAGUGCACGAGCUAUCAUGGCUCAGUUGCCGCAAGAGCAGAAAGCAAAGAUUGCAGAGCAGGUUGCCAGCUUCCAGGAAGAAAAGAGCAAGCUGGAUGCGGAGGUUUCUAAGUGGGAUGACAGCGGCAAUGACAUCAUUGUGUUGGCUAAGCAGAUGUGCAUGAUCAUGAUGGAGAUGACAGACUUCACCAGGGGGAAAGGACCACUGAAGAAUACAUCUGAUGUCAUCAGCGCUGCCAAGAAAAUUGCAGAGGCAGGAUCCAGAAUGGACAAACAGGGCCGCUCCAUUGCUGACCAAUGUCCCGACUCCUCCUGUAAGCAGGACCUGCUGGCCUACCUGCAGCGUAUCGCUCUGUACUGUCACCAGCUCAACAUCUGCAGCAAAGUCAAAGCUGAGGUUCAGAACCUGGGAGGAGAGCUGGUCGUUUCUGGGUUGGACAGCGCCAUGUCCCUGAUUCAGGCUGCGAAGAACCUGAUGAACGCCGUGGUGUCCACGGUGAAGGCCUCCUACGUCGCCUCCACCAAAUACCAGAAGAACAAAGGCAUGGAGGCCCUGAACAUGCCUGCAGUGUCCUGGAAGAUGAAAGCUCCCGAGAAGAAGCCUCUGGUGAAGAGAGAGAAGCAGGAUGACGGGCAGACCAACAGAGUGAAGAGGUCCUCUCACAAGAAGCACGUGAACCCCGUGCAGGCUCUGAGCGAAUUCAAAGCCAUGGACAGCAUCUAGACACCCCCCCCCAUGAAAGAACGAGUUUAUAACCAAUGAGUAGAUUAGAUUAUUCAGUGAGAGGAGCUGCUAUCUGUCAGCACCUCUUUGACCAGUUUUAUUCCUCCACUGCCUCAUUCCUGUUGCUCAGAUUAGCUUUAAUCUGUAGAUUAACUCUGUUCAGAUAGAAAAGGAACCGACUACACGUUUUUUUUCUUUAAUAUAUAUUAAAGAAAUGAUUGAUUGAAGAGAUGUUGGAAAUGAUUCCAAAAGAUGUUUGAUUGUUUUUCUAACCAGUUUUAAAGUAAGGCUAGCAGGAUUUAUGGUUUUCAUUUAGUUUUUGGCAACUUUAUUUUCUACACUGCAAAUAUCAACUAUGCAAAAUAUCAAUGGCCUUAUUUUAUCUGGAGCUCAACUGGAUCCGUUAGUGGUAUUUCAACAGUACGACCAUGUCUGGUUCAGGUUUUAAAGCUCGAUGUUCGACUUAAUGUCGCUAUAAACAGUUGACUUUAUUCAUUUUUAUCAUCUGUUGAAUGUUUCUUUAAAAAGUAACAGUCUCAAAUCAUGUUUCAAGUAUUUUUUUUGUCCCUGUUCUGCUCCAGAACUUGCUCAGUAGCUGCAUCCUACAUGCAACACACACAGGUUGGUUGGUUUUGUUCGUUUGGGACCACACUACAGCUUGGGGUCCACAGCUGACGGCCGUCAUUAUGAGACCAAACGCCUCUUCAUUCACUUUAAGGGCUCGUCCUUGUUUGUUUUGCUUCUUGUUGCCUUUAAACUCGACGCUCGGUGUUUGUAUUUCUCGCCCCUAAACUUCAACUCUAAUCAGGAUUUUAAAUCAGCCGGCGUCUUUAUAAAAAGACUGAAACAACUUGGAUUUUUUUUUUUAUGUAUGUUUUUUGUUGUUUUCUUAAGUAAAACCUGUGGGAAGUUGUUGUUUGCAGAGCGUGCAUUGCUCCACAGAAAAGGCUUUGAAAUCCAUCUCCUUUGGUCUGGAGAUCAAGCAUCACGCUUUGUAUGGCUCACAACAUCGGAGCUCCAGCAGGAGGGGCGUGCACGUUUUUUUGACGGGUGCGGUUUUUAUAUUUUUAAACCUAGAAUCAUGAAAAACACAGUAUCAACGUGCUAUUUUCCCUUAUCUUUUGCUGAAACGUUUGGAGUUGAGUCUGGAGUGAUAUUAAACUGCUUUGCUGUGGAUUUAUUUUUUUUAUUAUUAUUGAUAGCUGACUUUUUAAAGCACACUUUUCUUUUAUUAAUGUA